CUGGAAUCCUCUUACACGGCGUCGAGGAAAUUAACAAUGUCAAUUGCAUGUACGACUCCUCUCCCUUCCUUCUCCUCCAAUUAUUAAAAAAACAAGAACAAAACAUUAAAAAUCGCUCCUUUUUCUCAACAUCUUCUCUGCCAUCCUCGUCCCCAACUUUGUCUUUCCUUGUGAGUUCUUGAGAGCAACAGUUCCGCCUCGAGCCGCCCUCUCCGGCGAUCUCCACAUUAGCAAGUCGCCAGCUCCUCUCGCCGUUGACUGAAUUGAGUAUCUCUCUCUAAAACUCUUCCUUUUGGGGGGUCUUUGUGUGAGGAUUUCGUCUCCGGGUGUUGAGCUGGAGGAGGCUGAUACUGGGAUAGAGAGUGGGACUUUUUUCCAAGAAUCCCAAAAGGGUUUUGGAAUCGUUGGGGGCAUUGAUGAAUUCGAGGGUGUGGUUGGGCAAUUGAGGGGCUUUGGAGAAAUGGGUCGCUCUCCUUUGCGUUGAAUGUUGGCUCCUUGAUCAUUUUCUUUCUUUUCAUUUUUGUGGGUCUUCUAGGGCAUUGAGAGGAUGAUCAGGGAUGCUUCAUGGGGAUUGAAGUUGGUGGUGGAUACUUAGUUGACAGAUUUUUACUUGAAAUGCAGCUCUUGAUGUGUAGUUGACAAAGCCUUGUUUAUUUGGGUGGUUUCGGUCUGGUGGACUUAGAAUCUGGUCAGAUUGAAUUUAGACACUGUAGUUUUCAUGAGAUGGAAGCUAGGCUCAAAGAAAAAGUACAUUUUGGUCUUAUGGCACCAGAUUUGAACUCUGUUGGGAAAAAGAGUAUGGAGUGGGAUCCCAAUGAAUGGAGAUGGGAUGGCGACCUUUUCACGGCAAGUCCUUUGAAUCCCAUGGAAUCCGAAUGCAGAAGUAGGCAACUUUUUCCAGUCAGGCCCGAUAAUCUGGCUACUGCUGAUUUUAACAUGUGUUCAUCAUCUGUUCUGGAGGAUGUACAGAAUGAAAUGGGAAAAAGGGAAGCUGAGAAGCGAAGAAGAGUUGUGGUGGUCGAGGAUGAAGAGUUGGAUGAUGAAGCAGAAGGUCUUAAUCUGAAUAUUGGUGGGCAAGGGUAUCCUAUUAUAGAUUCGAGUAUAAAGGGUGGGAAGAAGAUUAAAUCUGUAGGGCCCGUUCCAAAUGGUCCAGCAUGUCAGGUGGUGGGUUGCAGGGUGGAUCUUAGGAGUGCAAAAGAUUACCACCGAAGGCACAAGGUUUGUGAAAUGCAUUCUAAAGCUAGCGAAGCACUGGUGGGAAAUGUUAUGCAGCGGUUUUGUCAACAGUGUAGCAGGUUUCAUGUUCUUCAAGAGUUUGAUGAGGGGAAGAGAAGUUGUCGUAGGCGUUUGGCAGGACAUAAUAGGAGGAGGAGGAAGACACAUCCUGAGACAGUCGCUAGUGGCGGCUCCCUCGGUGAUGAAAGGGGUAGCCAUUAUCUUUUGGUUAGUCUACUUAGGAUACUCUCCAAUAUGCACUCAAGUAGCUUGGAUCCAACAAAGGAUCAGGACCUGCUGUCUCACCUGUUGAGGAACCUUGCCAGUACAAUUGAUGGACAGAGGUUAUCCAAUUUACUACAGGAGUCCAAAGGUGCAUCAGCCAGUUCUCCAGAUAAGGUCCCGGAUGUAAUCCGGGAUGACCCUGAAAAUCCAAAAGCUUCUGUGAUGCAUACUGAGACUAAUUUUCAAGACCCUGUGAGGUCCGUUGGACAUCAGGUGUUACAAUCUGCGCCUGAUUUGAUGCCGCAAGGAACAGGUACAGAUAGUACUGGGGAUGGAAGUCAACAACCUCCAACUGUUUUCAAGUCCACAGGCCAGUGUCUAGCAAGAGAUGAUUGUGUUGCUAGUGUGAAUGAAUCAAAUGACACAUCUCAGAGAAUCAGAAUGAGGAACAUUGACUUAAAUAGUUCUUAUGAGGAUACACAAGGAUUUCCAGUGAAUGCACAAACAUGUAAUGCUUCAGAACAUUCACGGCAAGGAGCCAACAAAUCAACUCCACCUCAUACUAGUUCAACGUCGAACUCAACAUCUACAGAUUCUCCAUCUAGCUCUAGUGGAGAGGCUCAGUGUCGGACAGAUCGCAUCGUCUUCAAACUGUUUGGAAAAGAUCCCAAUGAUUUUCCUCUUGCAAUGCGAACACAGAUCCUCAACUGGUUGUCUCACAGUCCUACCGACAUGGAAAGCUAUAUUAGGCCUGGAUGUAUCAUAUUGACCAUUUAUCUUUGUCUUGAAAAGACCAUGUGGAGGGAGCUUCACUCGAAUCUGGGCUCCACAUUAAGAAAGCUUCUGGAUGUAUCCAAUGAUUCAUUUUGGCGAACAGGGUGGAUUUAUACACGGGUGCAAGAUUCUGUGUCAUUUGUCUACAACGGUGAAAUCGUUUUAGGGACCCCCCUGCCUUUGGGUCAUAACAGUGGCAAGAUCUUAAGCAUCAAACCCAUUGCUGUUUCAGUAAUGCAGAGUGCUGAGUUUGUGGUCAAAGGCUUCAACCUUUUCAAGCCCACUUCAAAGUUAUUCUGUGCCCUAGAAGGGAAAUAUCUUGCUCAGAAAAGCUUUUGUGGCCUCACAGAAGAAGCUGAAAUGAUUAAUGAGGAUGAGGAUGAUGAAAUCCAGUUCCUCAGCUUCCGUUGUUCUGUCCCAAAAACUUGUGGGAGAGGGUUUAUUGAGGUUGAAGACCAUGGUCUUAGCUGCAGUUUCUUUCCAUUUAUUGUUGCGGAGGAGGAAGUGUGCUCUGAGAUCCGUAUGCUUGAGAGUGAAAUUGAGGCACUUGAAACCCCACUUGACAUCAAGCAGGAAUCUGAAAUGGCUGAAGCCAGGAGCAAAGCCCUCGAUUUUAUAAAUGAAAUUGGUUGGCUUCUGCACCGAAGUCAUGCAAAGCAUAGGCUUGGUGACUUGAAUCACACACUGGGUCUUUUCCCUUUUAGAAGAUUCAAGUGGCUAAUGGAGUUUGCAAUGGAGCAUGACUGGUGUGCUGUGGUAAAGAAACUGCUAGGAAUUUGUUUCAAUGGAGUAGUUGAUGCUGGUGAGCAUCCUUCCAUAGAUCUGGCUAUGCUGGAUAUGAAUCUCCUCCAUAGGGCUGUGCGGAGAAAUUGUCGGACGAUGGUAGAGUUCCUAUUGAGGUACAUUCCGCAUGAAGACUCAGAUAAGGCAGGGUUGGAGCAAGUGCAACAGAUUCCAGAGAACCGCAGGAACUUCUUAUUCAAAGCAAAUGCUGUUGGUCCUGCUGGUUUGACUCCUCUUCAUAUUGCAGCCAGUAGCAAGGGAUUUGAACUCGUCUUGGAUGCCCUAACAAAUGAUCCAUUAUUGGUUGGUAUUGAAGCAUGGAAGAAUGCUCGUGAUGACUCGGGUUUCACCCCUAAUGAUUAUGCUUGCCUACAAGGUCACUACUCCUAUAUACAUCUAGUCCAGAGAAAAUCUGCUGGAAAAUCUGAGAGAGCACACGUAAUACUUGAUGUUCCCACCAACCCCAAGCUGAAACCAUUAGAAGGGCCAAGAUCAGCUAAAUCUUUCAGCAUGGAGAGUAAUAAGACUGAACAUGGACUGUUAAGAGUGCACUGCAAAUUAUGCGAACAGAAGGUCCCAUGCAGACCCACAAGAACAUCCCUUGUGGCCCGACCAGCAAUGGUCUCACUGGUGGCCAUUGCUGCUGUGUGUGUAUGUGCUGCGCUGCUGUUCAAGAGCUUGCCUGAGGUGCACGGCUGUUUAAGUCCCUUCCGGUGGGAAGAACUCAAAUAUGGGUGGAGCUGAUGGGUUCACCUCGAUUUCUUUCGGUGUAUAUUUUAUCCUUCCCCCCAUGUGCCCAGGAAUACAUGGAGCAACACGAUCUCGGCGAGUUAUCUUUCCCAUGAGACAGCAUCCUAAUUUGUAAUACUAGUGCCUGUAGUUCGAUUUGCUUACUGACAAAAGUUUAGUAUACAGAAUCAUCAAUCAGUUUGGAAAAAUAUGGGUUUCCUUUAUUCUCGAUGAUUCGUCUACGUCUAUGUCCGUAUUAACAUGGCCAUUGAAGUGAAAAUCCUCGCUUCUUGUGUACCUCGUAUGCACUUUUUGAAGACGACAAGCUGUAAGUCGUCGUCAUCGUCUUAACAAGCACAGCUAUUCAUUGGUAUUUA